AGUGGGCGGAUUUAUGUCAGCGCGAGUGAUGAAUCAACACGCGAGCGAGUGCGUGUGCUCCUCUUUGCUAAAUUCCGAGAGUUUGUUUCGGGGGCGCGUCUUUGAUGAUCCCGGCUGCUGCUUGAUCGAUAGGUUUCCACGAGAAAGAAGAAGCUGGGCUUGAAAAGAACCAAGUUUUUCUCCGGUGGGUCGCUCUCAAAGUUCUCCGCAGGGCCCGAUUUGCGCUGGAGACUCCACUGUCCUUCGCAUUUGUAUAAAAAGUCACUCUUUUUCUACUGCGAGUGUAGUUUUUUCUUCGUUUAAAGCAGCUAUGGCGCUCAAGUAUGUGGGCUUCGUGGCGAUCGUGGCUCUUGGAUUUCUAUGGGCACCACUUCUCGCUGAUGGUGGAGCUUGUGACGAUUACAAUUGCAUCCAAGGGGACUGUGUGGAAGUGAGUGGAUUCCCACCUGUGAAGUGCGUGUGCAAGGAUGGAUGGUCCAAUAUCCUGGGAAUGUCUGCGUUGAGCUGCGCCAUCCCGAAGUGUGAUUUCAAUAUGAGUUGUGCCAAGACUAACAAAGCAGAUGAUGCCUCACAUGAUAAUUCACCGAGCUUCGACAUCUUCAAUCCUUGCUCGUACAAGGUAUGCGGUGAAGGCGAUUGCAUCAAGCAAAACGGCAACAAUAGUUAUACAUGCCGGUGCUACGAAGGCUACGGAAAUCUCCUCAACUCACCGUCUGGAAUUUGCGUUGCGGAUUGUAGCAUUGGUGCUGAUUGCAACCAGCUUGGAAUAAACCUCGGCCCGAGUUCCUCACCUUCAUCGCCAGGCAGCAACAGCUCCUCCACUUUGUCAGAUACAAACGCUGGAUCACAACUGCAAUUCCACGCCAAAAAUCUCGUCUUUGGUGCACUGGCCCUGCUCCUGUGGAGCAUAUAGAGUAUACCAUUUUUUCCUCUUUGUAUAUUCUAGGUGCUAUGUUAUUAGAACACUUCGAGAAAAAUAUAGAGAAUUCUCAA